AGUAAAGUAAACUUUCCUAGUAUUUACUUGAAUCCGUAUGAUUAAAAGUUUACUUUACUAAUUUCAUUUUAACGUAUGUUCGAAUUCGAACAUAGUUCUUACUUUUUCAAACAUCUGUCAACUGAUUGUUUUUGUUUGGUUUCAAAACGUCACUUUUCUCGCCCGUGUUGUGAUCCUUUCAUUGAAAAAAAAUCUAUAACAAUUAUUUUUGGCCACGAAAACAUCGAGGUACUCGAAGAGAUUGUUCUGGUAGAUGAUGUUAAGUUGAGUUUUUUAAUUGUUGCUUAAAAAUACUAGUUUCCAAUCAUAAAUUUACAGUCGAAGGAUCUGCCGAAAAAUCAAUCAGCAGCGGUAGCGGAAGAAAGAGGAAGAAUCAAUCUAAUCAGGAACAAAUGUAUGCUGUGUUUGUGGAUGUACUGGAGGAAGUAGGAAAAAUUUUACUUUCCAAAUCGCAAACACCACCUGUGCGGGAGAAGAAAAAAAUAGCGUUGGCGGCGAUGCGACAGCAGUUGUUCAUCCGAUGUGGAUUGGAGUUCUCUGGCGACCAAAUAUUGAAGAAAAUCAAUAACAUGAAGACCGCUGUUAAAGAAAAAAUGGAUACCAAAAAAACAGGGAACGUUAAAAUUGUGCUCAACCAACCGCAAGAAAAGUUUUAUGGACUGCUGGGGGGUGUUGGCAAUCCCAGCAUCAUCAGCGUUCCGUAUGGUCUGGCAGUAGGAAGCAAAAAUAUUGCAAUGGGGAAGGAUCCACCGAAGGAGGAGCAUGAUUCUUCUGAUGAUUAUGAUUAUAACAGCUUGCAGAACGAGUUUCUGGCGCCGAGUCAAGCGUGUCAAACACUAAAAACAAAUCAAAAAUCGACACGUGGCAGAACACAACAAACAGUGUGUGAGGAGCAACUUAUGUUCCUGAAAAAGCAACAAGAUUAUACGGAUGUAUUGUAAGCCAACCAAGAAGAGCGACACCAAAAAGAAAUGGAGCUGUUGGUUCUGAAAAAGGAAAUUGCUGUCCUGAAAAUCAAAAAACUCAAAGAGAACAUGAUCAUCUGAAAGUGUAUAUAUUUUUUAAAUUAAAGUUAAAUUAAUAAAGU